UCGGUUGGCGUGGCAGUUGACAGUGUGUGCAACUGUUUGCAGAAGUCUUGUUUAUUUUCAGCGUGCUUAGUUUAUAAAGUGUCGAUCGCUGGUGUUAUCACUCUAGGUCGUGGUUGUAAUCUUUCAGGACCAUUCCUGUAAUUGAUUGCAUGAAUUAGUAACAACAUUGUUGCAACGCUUUGACAAACAAACCAACACACCAUCAGGUGUAGCAGACAGACAGCAGUGCAACUGUAAGCCUGAAGUCAACAGCUAAGAACUCUUUAUUUGCCUGUGGUUCAACACAGAACAAGGAUCACAACACGUGACCUUUUAAUGUCAACAUCUCAGAGCAGAUACUGAAGAAGAUAAGGACAUUCCACUGAACUGUAUAGCUCUUUUAACAAACAGGGUGGGUCUUUUAAAGUGAAAGUAAACUCUGCUUGCCCUUCCAGAGGAGCGAGGCAAGUGUGAAAAUGGCUUGCAAAUUCCCUCUCCCCAUUGAGGAUUUAUCCUGUCCUGUGUGCUGUGACAUCUUCAGAUAUCCUGUCAUCAUGUCGUGUAGCCACAGCUUCUGUAAAGCCUGUCUGCAGAAAUUCUGGGAAAAGAGUGGAUCCCAAAAGUGUCCAGUCUGCAGGAGAAGAUCCUCAAGGUCUGAGCCUCCUAAUAACCUGUCUCUAAAGAACUUUUGUGAGGCCUUCUUAAAGGAAAGGAGUCAGAGAUCCUCAGCAGGGUCUGAGGUGCUCUGCAGUCUGCAUGGUGAGAAACUCAAGCUCUUCUGUCUGACGGAUGAACACGCUAUCUGUUUGGUGUGUCGUGAUUCAAGGAAUCACAAAGGUCAUAACUGCAUCCCCAUAGAUGAAGCUGCAGAAGAUCAUAAGAAGGAAAUCCAGAGUGCACUGAAGCCAUUGCAGGAGAAACUGAAGGUCUUUAAAGAAGUCAAGCAUACCUGUGGUAAAACAGCACAGCAUAUCAAGACCCAGGCCCAGCACACAGAGAAGCAGAUUAAGAAAGCGUUUGAGAAGCUUCACCAGUUCCUACGAGAUGAAGAGGCGGCCAGGAUAGCUGCCCUGAAAAAGGAAGAGGUGGAAAAGGGUUGGAAGGUGAAGAAGAAGAUUGAGGAGUUGGUCAAAGAUAUGUCUUGCCUUUCAGACACUAUCACAGCCAUAGAAGACAAACUGAGAGCUGACGACAUCUCAUUCUUACAGACCUACCAGGCCACAGUGAAAAGAGCCCAGUGCACACUGCCGGAUCCACAGCUAGUCUCAGGAGGGCUGAUAGACGUGGCCAAACACUUGGGCAAUCUGUCCUACAAAGUCUGGGAGAAGAUGCAGGGGAUUGUUCAAUACACUCCUGUGAUUCUGGACCCCAACACUGCCCACCCCUAUCUUAUCCUGUCUGAGGAUCUGACGAGUGUGAGAGGUGGGGAUAGAACACUGCAGCUUCCUGACAACCCAGAGAGGUUUGGCUAUGUGUGCGUUAGGGGUUCUGAGGGUUUCAACUCAGCGACACACAGCUGGGACGUUGAGGUUGGCGACAGUUACUUUUGGUUUCUCGGUGUGGCCCCUGACUUUGUCAGUAAUCAUGAUAUAUGGGAUGACAUCUGGGGUGUUUUGUAUACUUGUGGUGGAUAUGUAGUAAUGUCCCCAAAUGAGUACGACGGUAAGCCUCGUCUCACAGUGGUUCAGGAUCCCCGGAGGAUCAGAGUGCAGCUGGACAGGAACAGAAGAGAGCUGACGUUCUCUGACCCUGAUAGUAACACACACCUACUUACAAUGCCACUACUUUUCACUGAGCCACUCGUUCCAGUAUUUCGUACAUAUGAAAGCAAGCUAAAGAUCCUACCAGUGAAGGCCUCUGUAACAGUGGCACAGCACAGUUAAAGUUGACACCACCUCGGCCUGUAAUUAUACAGUAUAUAUAUAAUAUACCACAAUCUCCAUCUGUUGAAAAAUAUUGCUUCAA